AUGGGCGACGGGUCUGACUAUCCUAGCCCACGAAGUGAAGGUCCCAACGGUGCUCUCGCUGCGUCCAUCCUUGCCUCCGCAUCUGAAUCCACUGCCCCAAUUGCCAGAAUGAACGAUCCUCAGCAGCCCAUGAGCUACACCAUUGACGGGGCGCGCCCGCGCCUUUCUGUUCGACGCGCCCGUGAUCCCCCUAAGAACUCCGAAGGUCAAAUUUUUUGCGAUCACCCUGAAUGUCAAUCUGCACCUCCUACUUUCCGCCGUCCAUGCGAAUGGAACAAACACAUGGAUAAACAUGAUCGUCCCUACAAGUGUUAUGAACCAAACUGUGACAAGAUUCAAGGCUUCACCUAUUCUGGUGGUCUUCUUCGUCACCAGCGUGAAGUUCACAAAAAAAAUACCGACUCUAAGAAGGCCCUGAUGUGCCCGUACACUGAUUGCAACCGCAGCACUGGCAACGGAUUUACGCGCCAAGAAAAUCUUCGUGAGCAUCUUCGCCGCCGCCACAUGCACAAUGACGAAGCCCCAGCCAUGGUUGACAUGUCGUGGGACCGCGCCCCCGAACUCGAUGGUGUCGAGGGCGUCCGCGCCCCCUCUCUCCCUAUCACUGGAUUGAAGCGCCGCCACGACUCUCCUGCAGUCGGAGAUCUUCGAGACCUGCCUGGGACCGAUGAGCAUGGAAUCGAUUUGCACAAUGAAGUCAAGAGACUCCGCCGCGAAGUCCAAGAGAAAGAUCGCCGCCUCGAAGAGCUGGAGCGAAUCGUCUCCAACAUUCAGCAGGCUAUCCCUCAGCAGUCUCCUCCCGUACCUGAAUUGCAGGAUCUUUCCCAGCCCACUCCCCAGCCUGCUGCGGCUCCAGUUUAA